AAUAGCGAUACCGAUAGCUCCCGGUCAAAUCCUUCGUAGGGCAGGCUUCCUUUAUUGCACUCCUGCUCCCGCGAAAGCCUCGCCUCGCCUUUUCUCCCUACCAAGCCACCACGCCACCCAAACCGCGAUUUCUGAUCGAUCGAUCGUUAGCUCGAUCCAAGAACCCAUCUUUUCUUUGAUCCCCAAUCCUCUUUUGCCGAGGAUUAAUUGGGAGAAGAUGACGAUGAUGGGGUGUGCCGUGCUGCUCGUGGUGGUGGCGUCCAUGGCGGGGGAGGCGGCGGGGAGGUUCGUGGUGGAGAAGAACAGCCUGCGGGUGACGUCGCCGGCGGGGCUCCGGGGCGUCUACGAGUGCGCCAUCGGCAACUUCGGGAUGCCGCAGUACGGGGGCACCAUGCACGGGGUCGUCGUCUACCCCAAGGCCAACAAGAAGGCCUGCAGGUCCUUCGACGACUUCGACCUCUCCUUCAAGCCCAAGCCCGGCGGCCUCCCCAUCUUCCUCCUCGUCGAUCGCGGAGACUGCUACUUCACAACAAAGGGAUGGAAUGCUCAAACCGCUGGAGCUGCAGCUGUUCUUGUUGCCGAUGAUAGAUUGGAGCCUUUGAUAACAAUGGACUCUCCAGAGUCUAGUGGCACAGAUUACAUAGAGAAAAUUACUGUUCCUUCAGCACUUGUAACGAAGAAGUUUGGGGACGACCUUAAGAAAGCACUGGAAAACGGUGAUAUGGUCAAUGUCCUUCUGGAUUGGAGGGAAUCUCUCCCUCAUCCUGAUGAGCGUGUAGAGUAUGAAUUCUGGACAAACAGCAACGAUGAAUGUGGUGCCAAAUGUGACAUGCAAAUGAAUUUUGUGAGGAACUUCAGAGGAACAGCACAGGUUCUUGAGAAAAGGGGUUACACUCAGUUCACCCCUCACUACAUUACAUGGUAUUGUCCGGAAGCUUUUGUCCUGAGCAAGCAGUGCAGAUCUCAGUGUAUCAAUCAUGGGAGAUACUGCGCUCCAGAUCCAGAGCAGGAUUUCAACAUUGGAUAUGAUGGAAAAGAUGUUGUGCUUCAGAACCUGAUUCAGAUUUGCUUGUUCAAGGUUGGCAAUGAAACUCACAAACCAUGGGUGUGGUGGGAUUAUGUACACGAUUUUUCAAUUAGGUGCCCAAUGAAGGAGAAGAAAUACACGCGUGAAUGCGCUAAUGGUGUUAUCAAGUCACUUGGAUUGGACCUUGAGAGGAUCAACAAGUGUGUGGGAGACCCUGAAGCUGAUGAAGAAAAUCCCGUGCUUAAAGCGGAACAAGAUGCUCAAAUUGGUCAAGGCUCUCGAGGAGAUGUCACUAUAUUGCCGACCCUUGUCGUUAACAACAAGCAGUACAGAGGUAAGCUGGAGAAAAGUGCUGUGUUAAAAGCAGUAUGCUCAGGAUUUGAGGAGACAACUGAACCUGAUGUUUGUUUGAGUCAAGAGAUCCAAACAAAUGAAUGUUUGGAGAGCAAUGGAGGGUGCUGGCAGGACAAGACUAAUAAUUUUACUGCGUGCAAGGACACCUUCCGUGGGCGAGUUUGUGAAUGCCCUAUUGCCCGUGGUGUGAAGUUCGUUGGUGACGGGUACACUCACUGUGAAGCUUCUGGUGUCGGUAGGUGCCAAAUCAACAACGGAGGCUGCUGGAAGGAAACUAAAAAUGGGAAGACGGUUUCUGCCUGCUCAAAUGAAGAAUCUAAAGGCUGCAAAUGCCCACCAGGUUUCAAGGGUGAUGGUAUAAAAAGUUGUGAAGAUAUUGAUGAAUGCAAAGACAAGCUUUUCUGCCAGUGCAAGGACUGCUCUUGUGAGAAUACAUGGGGAAGCUAUGAGUGCAGCUGUGGUGGAAGUAAUAUGUUAUACAUGAGAGAGCAUGACACUUGCAUCAGCAAAGUUGCUUCUUCGUCAGUGGGCUGGGGCUUCCUUUGGGUUAUUUUCUUUGGCCUCGCUUUGGCUGGAAUUGGAGCAUAUGCCGUAUACAAAUAUCGGCUACGGAGUUACAUGGAUUCAGAGAUUCGUGCGAUCAUGGCUCAGUACAUGCCCCUGGAGAAUCAAGAAACACCGAAUCAACAUCGUCCUGUGGAGCAUGCUGAUAUCUGAAAUUGCAGCAAGCUUAACUGGGAGCUGGCAGCAGUAUCGGUGGUCGCCAUCUUGACAGAGUGGUAGGCUUGGAGCUACCCUUUGUGCCCAGAAGAUAAAAAAAAAUUCAGUAUAGCUUAUGUUUCUGAAACGACAAGAUUUUUGCAUAUCCUCUUUUUCUCUUUGCUGAAACUUGCAGGACAGAUUAGGAUCUCCCCAGAAUUAACACCUCAUUGGCCUCUAGUCAUAAUUAUGAGCUUCUGGUCUUGUUCUUACUCUACUCCUACAUGUUUUUUUGUUUUUCAGCGAGAUACUCCUAUAUGUUAAAAGCUUGUAAAUACUGUUGUUCAGACAAUAGUCCUUAAUAAAGAGACCGGAAGAGCAUUCUACACCUAAACAA